AUGACAAACCGACCCGUACGGACAGAGGCUUCGAGUUCGGGUCCGAAGGGAGCUCCAGUUGACGACUACGACGUAGAAGUGGCGAGCGUAGUAGACGGAGGAGGAGGAGGAGGAGGAGGACGGGGAGGAGUAGUUGAGAGAAGGGAGCGACGGCAUGGGAGUGAGGAGCAGCAGCGAUGGCAUGGCGAGAUCGGGGAGUGGUUGAGCAGCAGUCACACAAAGGGCUCGAGAUGGAGAUGGAGAUGGACAGGGAGGAGGAAUGCGAAAUGCGGGAAUAAUAAUCAGCGGUGCGGCAGUCGGGGGAGGAGGAGGAGGAGGAACUGCAGCAGCAGCAGCAGCAGCGGCGCAGUGCGGUUCGGGAAUCCGCUGGAGCUGUAGUGGAGGAGA